AUGUCACACGCGAAUUUGGGCGACUUCUGCCAGCAGCCAACACUCAAAGCUUCUACUGAAAAGAGCGCACAGCUUGUUUACAAUUCAACCAAUCAACUCCAUGAACCCGUUCAAUCCAUCUUGUCAGCCCUCAAUCUACGCGCCAUGGGAUUGAGACAGAGUGCCAACUUCGAUGCUGCUCUUCGCGAUGCCGACGUUAUGCAACGACUUUCGACUUUUUCAGCACUUGGAUAUAUACGUGCAGCUGAGGUUUACAGUGAACAAGGGAAACAGAGCCAUGUCAUUGAUGUAUGCAGCAAAGGACUCGAUGUUGUUGAUACCAAGGAUCCACAUUACCCCACGUUGCUGCAAAUGAAAAUGGACGCUGAGCAACGUCAGAGCAUACGCAUCGACUUUAUUAGCAAGCUACCAAUUGACCUUGUUACAACAACGCUGAUUCGGAUGUUUAUGGAUGAUGGAUCGUUGGAUGCAUGGACACCAUGUCCCUAUUUGUAUGUGUCGAAUCUGUGGCGUGAUCGUGUCAUUCAAUGCUUUGGCGGAUUACGUUUCAGGGUUGGAUCAGGCGAGGAUGAAAGCGAUACCAAUCUUUUGCAAGUCAACAAGUUUGCUCGUUAUACGAAGGAAAUAGAAAUUCCAUGGUAUUCAGAAGCACCAUCGCUAGCGGAUCUAGUGCUGGAUCAUGAUUUUUGCAUGUUACAGAAGCUAGAGCUUAUAGGCUUCGUGGGGUAUAACAUCCGCCGUUUGGUGACAUCUCUGCAUUCCAUCAGCAGCACCCUGACCCACCUGAAGAUCUAUAUGGGAUCUGGAACCAUGCUUGAUAUCUCUGAGGUUGUGUUGGCGUGCCCCAAUCUGGUUUCUCUUUGGGUGUUCGAACCCAUGCAUGCAAAUCUCAGCUCUCUACCAAAGAAGACAUGGCCCAAGUUGAAAAGAUUAUCCAUUCGUGAAGCAGAAGAGGACGUUACUCCGAAAAUGGUGGCAGCGAUUUCUCAACGUUUCCCAUCACUCAACCAACUUGAUCUUCAUCCUUGCCGAGACCUUGAAUCAGCACGCAUUAUCACCAAACGUUAUCGGCAUAUGAAUACGGUUAAGCUAACGGUCGAUGGUUGGGAUACUGAAGUUGACUGCAGCCAUGAAGGAAAUGAAUGCGAGGGGAUUACUGAUUUUUCGAUCGUGGAGCAAUAUGAUGGAGAGGAGACGCGCCAGAGAAUGAGCCCAAUGUUAAAGCAGCAUCAUACAACUAUUGACAGUAUGACAUGGGGUAUCGAACCUGUCAAUGGCGACAAGGCCCUUUACAACAUCCAGUAUCCUCGGCUAAAGAAACUGAGCCUGAAUAAAUCUGGAUGGUGGAUCCCACGCAAAGCCCCAGUAUUGCAAGAAUUGAAAAUCACAUCGACAACCAUCAGCGCGUCACCUUCAGUGUUGGAUACUAUACCACCCAAUUUGAAAAAGCUGGAAAUUGACCUUGCUAGGGGACCUGAUAUUGACGAUAAGAUGCCCAUCGUGCACUAUCUGCAUCAAUUUUCUCAGCAUGCGCAUCUAAAAGAACUCGCGAUCUUUUUCUAUCGCUUGAAUGACACUGGCUGUGUGAUGGAUGCUAUUCCUUCUCUUGGUCGACUCCAGCGCUUGAUGAUCAAGUUCCCUACCGAAAUCCAUCCCAUUGAAAUGGAAGGAUUCUUUGACACGCUUGCUAAUGGAUGCCGCCGUUUAUCAUGCCUCGAAAUGCAAUGUGGUCACACGCCAACGACCCCGGUAAUGGACGCUCUAAGUCGCCUAGAGCAUUUACAGUAUUUCGCAAUUUCAGUAAAGAACGGAGAAGGCACUACGUUUGUGGAUCCAAGUUUCUUGGAAGCGAUCAAGAAAUUGUCACAGCUCAAAUCGGUCAGGAUUAAGCGUACGAUGGUUGCGAACAUGGAUGGCAUUCGGCGGCUCAAGGAGCAACGACCCGAUUUGAACAUUAUCGUCGAUGAUCGCUUCACAAGCUUUUGA